GUGCCCAAUUUGAAUUAGAUCCCUUUCUGCUCCUGACUCACACAGGGAAGGCAAGCAGUAUAAAAACACAGGAUUUUAGACAUUUCCCAGCUAACAGAUUAAUGCAAUACACAAGGACAUUACAAAAAGCAAACAAGAAGAGACACUACUAGUUUGGUCAAUGAUGUCUUUGAUUUGGCUCCUGUUAUAUGCAUACAUCCAUGCCAUUUCUGGCAUGAUCUUAUUUGGGGACAUGGCUGAUCAGGACAGCCCCAUUAGUGUGAGUAUCCCUGUUGAACCACCACUGCAUCCCCUAUUGGGGGGAAGCAUGAUUAUACCUUGCUACUUCCAGGACAACACUGUCCAGGACCCUGGCGCCCCAACCACUGCCCCACUUCCCCACCGUAUUAAGUGGAGCUACAUCUACAAGGGCAGAAUAUCUCUUAUUCUUGUUGCCAGUGGGGGUGUGGUGCAGGUUGAGACAGACUACGUGGACCGGGUUCAUUUGGUAAACUACCCCAUGGUGCCAACUGACGCCACCAUUGAGAUCUCAGAACUCCACUCCAGUGACUCCGGGACCUACCGCUGUGAGGUUAUGCAGGGGAUUGAAGACAACUACGAUUCUGUAGAAAUGCAAGUCCAAGGCAUUGUGUUUCACUACCGAGCAAUAUCUACCCGAUAUACCUUGACAUUUGAGAUGGCAAAGGCAGCCUGCAUCCAGAACAGUGCUGUCAUUGCAACUCCCGCACAGUUGCAAGCUGCCUAUGAUGAUGGAUACCAUCAAUGUGAUGCUGGUUGGCUUUCAGACCAAACUGUGAGGUAUCCAAUUCAUGAGCCAAGGGAGCCUUGCUAUGGAGACAAAGAAAAUUUCCCAGGAGUACGAACAUAUGGAGUCAGAGACAUCAAUGAGACCUAUGACGUGUACUGUUUUGCAGAGAAAAUGUCAGGUAGUGUGUUCUACUCUAUGUCUGUGGAGAAGUUCACCUUUGCAGAGGCUGAAGACCAGUGUGCAAAUUUGGGAGCCCAACUGGCCACCACAGGGCAACUCUACCUUGCAUGGAAGGCUGGUAUGGAUGUGUGCAAUGCUGGCUGGCUGGCAGACAGGAGUGUGAGGUACCCCAUUAACAUAGCUCGACCCCAGUGUGGUGGGGGGCUUUUGGGAGUGCGAACAGUGUACCUGUUUCCAAAUCAGACUGGUUAUCCAUACCCAGACUCCCGCUAUGAUGCAAUAUGUUAUGCAGAAAAAGAAGAUAAGGUUUCAACAAAGACCUCACCAUUUCCUAAAAUAUCCACUACCACGGAUGCCAUGAUCAGUGUGGCUACAUUCACCUCGAGCCCUUCAGACUAUACUGAAGAGGUGACCACAGGAGAAGAGGCCCGUGGUCAGCUAGUGACAGAAGAGCCUCUUAACACCACAAGCAUAGAAAGUCCUCUACCUUUACUUCCCAACAUAACUGAGGUUGAGGAGGACAUUAUUAAUGUGGCCACGGCUCGGCCUUACUUGGGAUAUGAGAUUCCCAUGGACAAUGAAACUGCUGAAACUAAGGGAGUGGUAUUCCACUAUCGCGCUGACUCCGGACGCUAUGCUUACACCUUUGAAGAAGCACAAGUGGCAUGUCAGAAGCUGGGAGCAAUCAUAGCCACCCCUGAGCUUCUUCAGGUGGCUUAUGAAGCUGGCCUUCAUCAAUGCAGUGCAGGUUGGCUAAAGGACCAGACUGUCAGAUAUCCAACUGUGAAUCCUCAAAAGAAGUGCUCCGGAGAUCAGAAGGACCUCCCUGGCAUUCACUCUUACAAUGUCAGGCCUGCACAUGAGCGGUAUGAUGUGUACUGUUAUAUGGAACAGAUAAAGGGAGAGAUCUUCCAUGUGAGCUCAUUAGCAGGCUUCACCUACUAUGAAGCUGUUGCCCAUUGCAUAAAAUUGGGAUCUACUCUUGCUUCAACUGGAGAACUGUUCGCCUCAUGGAAUGAAGGUUUCCACAAGUGCAGUCCAGGCUGGCUGUCUGAUCGCAGUGUCCGCUAUCCUGUCCACAACCUAGGCUUUGGUUGUGGUGAAAACAAGACAGGAGUGCAUACUAUUUAUACUCAACCAAACCAAACAGGCUUCCCAAACCCAUACUCCAGAUAUGAUGCAUAUUGCAUCAGAGCAAAUCUGUCUAUGCUGCUUGAUGAAGAUAUGAUGAACACUACAAAGAUGGGGAUGGAUCUUAACAUGACAGAUAUAACAGAGAUACUGAGACCUGUUCGCCCAAUUGUCCCUCCCUUGCUUGUGGAACUGUCUGGAUCUGGAUCUGGAUCUGGAUCUGGAUCUGGAUCUGGAUCUGGAUCGAGCUCGGGCUCAACAUCAGCAUCAGGUGAUCCUGAUUCCAGUUCUGGGUACAUGUCAGGGAGUGGCAUACCCAGUGGGAGCAUAUCCGGUUCUGGCCAAAGUGGUGAUGGAUCAGGUCACCUUGUGAGGUACCAAGAAGGUGCAGAUACACUCAUGUGGCAAACUUCUGCCUCGGGCAGCACUAUGGAGGCAAGAGAAGGUAGUGGCAGUGGCAGUGGUGUUAUCAUUACUUCAGUAUCAUCAGGGGAUCAAGAAUCUGGAGAGGAAUCUGGACUCUUUUAUGAACAAAGUGGCAGAGGACCUGGCAGUGGAUCUAGUGGUUCAGGAACAAGUGGAUUCUUCAGUGGUGAGGAAUCAAGCCUUCCAUCAGGACAUGGUAGUGGAUCUAGUGGUUCAGGAACAAGUGGAUUCUUCAGUGGUGAGGAAUCAAGCCUUCCAUCAGGACAUGGUAGUGGAUCUAGUGGUUCAGGAACAAGUGGGUCCUUCAGUGGUGAGGAAUCGAGUGGGUCGGGCUUCUCUGGUGUAUCAUUUAUAAACACAGAAAUGAUAGAUCUGACUGCAAGUACUUCUGGAAAACAGGAAUUGUCUGGUGUUUCUCCAUUCGACUUGACUGAUGUUAGUGGUCUCAGCUCUGCUUUUGGAUCUGGUUCUGCCUCUGGAUCUGGCUCUGCCAUUGGCUUUGGAUCUGGCACCAUCAUUGACUUUGCAUCUGGUUCUGGCAUUGGCUUUCGAUCUGGCUCUGCUUCUGGAGCUUCAGGUUAUCCCAGCGAUCCCUCUGGUGAGGUAUCUGGCCACAUUCAGAGUCAGGAUGGAAAGAUUGUCAUUCUAACGGAUGAUGAGGUUGAGUUGAUGUUUAGGCCUACAAUUGGAACAGAACAGGGUCGUGGAUCAGUGGAGAUCAGUGGAGAGGGCAGUAGUCAAGAACAUUAUGCUGAGGACGUCUCCAUAUCUCUUUCUAAUAGUACUUCAUAUGAAGAUUAUUGGAGUGUCAAUGAAACUGUUGAUCUCCUACCAGAAGGACAAAAUCAACUUAAAGUCAUCACUGAGGCAUUUGAUGUGACUGAUCAGUCACCACUGAACACAACACCAUCCACGACUUCUAUACUCAUUACUCCACCUUCAGCUGUACUACAAACACCAAAAGCUAUGGAGGAGCCAUUUUUAACUGAUGGUAAUAACUGAACAAAACUAUACUUU